AAUAAUUAUGAUAGUAACAAUAAAAAUUAGACACACUAUCUUUCCCUGCUACCAUGCAAAACUCACCCACCAUUUUUUCAGCCCCGCCGCCGCAGCAGCCGCAGCUCCCCCUUCCUCCUCCACCACACGUCGUCGGACAAAUCAACGUCCUCCCAGCACCGCCACCGCCAACUAUACCACAAUUCCCUGGCGCUCCCAGCUCCGUCUUCCAGAUCACCGUCCUCCCAGUACCGCCGCCACCGCCGUUCACCGUGGAUUCCAGCUCUGCCAACUUCUCCCCACUGGAAUUUCUCCUUGCCAUCAUCGCCAUUGUCACCAUCCCCGCCUUGAUCUACACCUUCAUCUUCGCCUUCAGGUGCUCGUCGUCUAGCCGCUCGGAACACGCCGCCGGUGAUUUUUCCGGCGACUCAUCUGUCCAAUCGGAGCUCUCUUCUCAGGACGACAUCGAAGCUGCUGCCUUUCCUGGCGGUGUUGUCGCCGAUGUGAAGUAUCGGAAGGAGUCGACGGAGAUUGGCGGCGAGUGUCCGGUGUGCCUGUCCAUAUUCACCGACGGGGAAGAAGUACGCCAGUUGAGCGCUUGCAAGCACGCGUUCCACGCAUCUUGUAUUGACAUGUGGCUCAGCAGCCACUCCAAUUGCCCGAUUUGCCGCGCCACCAUCCCCUCCGCUGUCUCCGCCCAAGAAAGCAAGCGUUCCAACUCGAAUUCGUCGGCUGAGAAUCAGAAUAGAGGCGGUGAUCUGCGGCGGCAGGGUCAUCGUGAUGCAAAUGUCAUGGUUUGAAACUUUAUCUUGUCUAAUUUCUUCCUCUUUUGUUUUUCUAUUCUAAUAUUGAGUUUUCUUUUUUCUUAGAUUCUUUUUUUCUUUUUUAAUUAUAUGUAUUGUAUAGAGUUCCAAAUACUAGAUUGAUAGUGAGAGAUGAACGAUGGUAGUGAGAUUCCUUUUGGAGUUUUUAAAUUAACAAAAAAAAUGGUCCUGAUUCC